AUGGUCGACCAGCCAGGUGCUGCGGUCCAGGAGGAGCCAUGGAUGUCCGCCCAGGCCCUGGACAAGCUGCUGAAGAUGCCGCUCCCACUGCCACGGAUUCGCACCCGGCCCUGGUGGUUUCCUGCGCUGGAGCUGAGAGACCCCUUGGUGUUUUACCUGGAGGCUAGUCUGGCCGACCCCGUCUUCGGCCCAGACAGAGUCAUGAUUCCGGAAAUAGAGUGGAUGAACCAGGUCCUGCUGUCUGUGGAAACAGUGAGCUCCGGGAGCUUAAUGGAAAUCACAGUUUUCGGGCAGCCCCGCGUACAGACCCGGGUGAAAAGCGUGCUCCUGAGCCUGGCAGCGAGGCACCGGGAAAACCGCGCCCGAGAUGAGAAGAUGAAACAACUUGAGAAGUUCUUGAAGGCCCAUGGGUCACCUCCUCCGACUCCCCAGUCUCCCCAGUCUCCUGAUGCCUGA